AAGCCACGACUUAGUCAACAAACAAGGGAGGUAAAGCUGAAUGGCAUCGGGAACUCAAGGAAAAGACGAGCACUCCGAGUACCGGAGCGUAUCGGAGCAGCAUUACCGUUGUCUGCUUCUUGCCUACCUCGCUGGGUACAAUGGUCCAAAUGAAAGGCUUCCUACGAUAUUGUAAUGAAUACAACACUGUAUCGAACCAAGCUGUUGGCUCUACACUUUCCGACCUGAAAGUGGACCGCGAUAUACACUCCCUUUUCUUCUGCGUACCGGCUUUACGGUACAUGGCUUCCGCCGCCGACCGUUACCUACCCGCAAGCGUGCAGCAAGCUUCUUUCUCCGCCCGCUCUCAUACCCUUCUUCAAUCAAAGCCAGCCAGGGAAUCCACACAAAUACACGCAUGGAGAGGCUUGGCAGGUAUGCAUGAUUCUCGGCUUAUUGUGAGACACGGUGCAGACGGCGGGACUGCGUUCAAGCUUGCGCAAGGGGAAGCGGCAUGGUUCCGAGGGAUAUCUCGACGCCCUUACGAGUCAAGUAUGAUCCUCUGGCUCAUUCAUGCUAGAGACCAGAAGACCUGCCGGCUGCACACCUUUACGCUUGUACCUGUGAUGCAAGACUUCUGGCAAGCCUCUUGCCGCCAGGAGGGCAUACAUGAUCAUGCCCUGCAAGGCGAGCUUCUUACCCUUACGCUUAAGUCUACGAUAUAGUCAUCCAUCCGAUGCCGGCUUCUGAUAAAUUGACAGGCCACCUCCGCUGUAUCAGAGUCACACAGUCAGGUUCAGAGGGGAAAAAGUUGACCAAACCCCCUCACACAAAUACAUUGAUCGGCCCCUCGACGGGAGUGCAGCGCAGCGAUGCCGUGUGUGAAUCUUUCUACACGCUCAAACAAACAAGACGAGCCGAUUCCCUCUACCGAGACCGAAACCGAAUCACACUGCUCGAUGAAUGUGGAUGAACCUGCUCUCAUAUUGUGAUA